GAUCCAUCCCGACAGUGUUCUGCUUGUGGCCGUAUGGGCCAUGAAGCUUCUUCAUGCUUUAAGGUUGUGGGUUACCCAGAAUGGUGGGGUGAUCGACCACGCAACCGGAAUGAUACCCGGAGCUCUCCGAGUAUUUCUGCUGGCCGAGGACGUGGUGGUGCUCCUCGAGCAAAUCUCACGCAAAUUGUGAAUGCUAACUCCGCUGCUAUUGGAUCUUCUGAGAUUACUGAGGCUGAUCGACAAGGAUUGUUGGGAAUGACUGAUGAACAAUGGAAGAUAGUGGAAAAAGUUAUCAAUGCUGGCAAAGGAUCCUCUCAACUAAGUGGACCGCAUCACGAGGACGCUGAUUGGGUCGGGUGAACGAGAGGGAGAGGGGUUGUACCGGUUUCGCGGGAUUGAGACAGUGGCGGCAUU